GGGGGGGGGAUGGUCAGCAGUGUGAUCUUGAGAAAAGGGUGUGUCUCAAAGCUUGGCCUCAGCCUUGGGCAUUAACCAAAGGAAGGAUUACAUUAGGUCAACAAGCUGGAGAGCUCCGUAUACCCUCAAACUUGUAUUAUAUGGUCGAUGUACCACUUACCACAGCUUUUGAAUGUUCGGGCCACAAGGUGCCGGCACACGAGCGGAUGGCCACACAAUGAGUGCUCUCAUGGUGUCCUCAAAGAGGUCCUUAACCCCAAGCAAAUGAACCUCAGUUUUCGAGCAGUAGGCAGUAGUGCUUUUCAACCGUAUUUGAUAGUCUCGGAGCGUGUUCGCAAAUAUACAUCUACUUUGUUUUCAAAACCGAGGUUAAGUGCAGUCCAAGAUGGUACACGUGAUGGACGAUUGUAUUGUCAAUAUUCAAGGAGCAAGGCGAUGUACAAAGCCUUAUGCCUGCAUCGCUUGCACGAUUGAUCUUACAAGUUGCGGUAUUGUGCGACUAGGGGAAUUGAGUAUGCGAAAGGUUAUGUGGAGCAAACAGAGACAUGAAUGAUGAAAGCGUAUUUGGCAAGUCGGGAAUGAAAACGAAGGCCGAAGUUGGUCAACAGUCGUACCGAUCAGGUUGCUUUCCCCGUCCAUUAUAAUCUCAUCUCUCGCCAUAGUAGAUGUAACGAGGUCGGUCUGGCGACAUAAACGAUAUCCGGAAGUAAACUCGGAGCACCCAGAUUCAAAGAUAUUCCUCACAUCGCUGCAGGCAGGAUCCUCAGCAACCAAGAUGACUGAAGUUCAUUCGUCGAACGAACACCGAAAUCGUUGAGACUUCGAAAACCAGCGGCUCUUCAGGACCUCUUCCGGCGCUUGAUGUCGAUAUCCAGCCGGGUUAGCUCUCGAACGCCAGCCUGAAAUAAUGCAGCUUUGGCAGACCAGACCUCAGAAUUAGAUCACUGUCCCAUAGCACACGCCU